AUGGACGGAUUCGUGGAUUUAGUGGACGAUCUUCUUCGUGUUUCCGACGAUAAAAAGGAGGUUGAUGACGCGGACUUUGCUGUUAACGCUCGGGAUCCCAAGACUGGGCGGGCAUUACUACAUGAAGCGUGUGCUCGAGGAGAUAUGGGGAUCGUCAAGUUGCUGUUGAUGAAGACAGAGGCGGACUUGAUGCUGCGCACCAUGUUGGGUCGCUGUACUCCACUGCAUUUGGCAGUGUCGAACAACCACCGACCUAUUGUAUUUCUCCUGCUAAGUCACGGAGCUGACGCAUUAAGUCGCGACCGUUUUGGUUGCUCCCCCUUGCACUACGUCAAAUCUCCCAGUGUAGCCAAACUUCUCGUUCAAUACGGGGGUAAAGCUCUCGACUACAAUACAGUACGUUCGCUUAAAUUCCGCGUACCUUAA